UUUUCCUUGUCUAGGAUGUCAGCAGCUUCCAUGCAGACCAUUAUGGAGUCAAAAUGUGUAUCUACAUCCCAUUGGCAAAAGAGCUCUAAAUCUAAGCACAGAAACUGCCCAUUGAGAAACAAUACACUCUGCUCACCAAGCACCAUCCUUGUGACAGCAAGACCCCGCUGCAGGUUCAGGCAAUCCAUGAACAUAAGCAUCAAGACUCUAUCCUUACCUGGAAUCUCACAUACCAGCAAUCCCAUGGAGCUGCCCAUAGGAGCUGGGGCCCCAAAGACAGUGCGGAACAGGAAGAAGACAGAGUCUGUUGCCUUGGAAACAAGUACCUGCCCUGGCCUCUUGCCACCUCUUAGGACCUUCCUGGACACCCAGCAAGGCUAUUUGCUCACCCUUUCAGGGUUACUCUGUAAACAGGUGAAUUGUACCAGAACUUCAAUUAACAAGUGCAAAGAGUUCAGACCACGGUUCACUUCUCCUAAUGGCUCCUGGGCCUGAUGACACUCUGGAUUCUAUGGGAGCAUGAUAUGGUGUGACACAUGGUUUAGAGCUACUUGAGAACUCCUGAGAGAAACAAAGGACCCUUCAACAUUCCCACUUCACAGAGCAACUGUGGAAGACACACACGGUACUUGAGAGUCUGACGUCAAAGCAGAGCAGUCAGGUAAGGACUGUGAUUAGCUUUACCUCUACAAAAACAGCAAUUUACUGCUUGUCCUUAAUUGAGCAGUCAGUGCCAGCUGGCUUCCUGUGUUUCAGCUACCGGGGAGGAGGGAGGGGGUGUCUCCAAACUGAUUCUGGAAGAGCUGCACAUAGUCCCUGGCAAGGGAUUAUCUGGUUUCCUGGCUUAGCAGUUGGUGUACACAGCUAGAAGUGGGAGCAUACUAGGCAUUUCAUAAAGAAACUAACACCCACACUAGAGUGUAGCUGAAGUCACAUUUUCCUAGAAACUGGGAUGGGAAAGUUUUGUACCCCUCCCCCUGUUCACUCUGCCUUCAGCAGUACCAGUUAAGGAGCACUAGGACCAACCCAUUCACAAUCCUAGUGCUCAGGAAAGUCCCUGCUGUCCAUGUAGUCAGAGCUUCUCAUGGGCAUUAUGGGUCCAAAGCAGAACAUGGCCUUACUAAUACAAGGAAUCAUAUUUCCAAUCAUAUUAUUCAAUCUCUUUAUUUGUAGGAGAGAACCAAGAAAAUGAGAACCUACAAAAUGAACUCUGCAAUGACACAUGAAUUUGACAUUAAUUUCUUUCUUUGGUCUACUUUGUCUCUGUGAAGAUUUUAUACCCUUUUAGAGCAGCAGUUCUCAACCUGUGGGUCAUGACCCGGGGGGGGGGUCAAAAGACCCUUUCACAGGGGUCACCUAAGACCAUUGGAAAACACAGAUAUUUACAUUAUAAUUCAUAAGAGUUGCAAAAUUACAAUUAGGAAGUAGCAAUGAAAAUAAUUUUGCGGUUGGGGGUCACCACAACAUGAGGAACUGUAUUAAAAGGUCACAGCAUUAUGAAGGUUGAGAACCACUGCUCUAGAGCAAUAUGGCUAAAAUCUCUAAAUGUCAGGGGAACCUAACACUAUUCUGAGAAGAUGACUUUGGGUGGGUAUAGAAUAUACCUGGUAUGAAAUAUCCUGAAUCCCUAGAUGAGACCCACUGUGCAGAUUUAGCUCUCAGAAAGGUACGAGCCUAUAGAAUGAAUAUGCCUUUAGACAUUAGAAGGGAUAUGCAGCCAUAUCACAGAUGCUGUGAAAACAGGUGUGUAUUUGGCCAUGAGCCUGACACAGCAUCAAAAUAUGGCUAGGUCUAUUUAAUUGAUCAGAUUGUAAUUAUUGGUCACAUGAAUGAAAAGUACAAAUCCAUAAACAGAGACUCUACCCUGGACAUAACAUGAUGCUCACAGUCUGAGAUAAAUAAGAGAAUACAUUCUAGAGCUCCCACAGACUAAGGCUCCCACUUCACAUCUGGACUACAGAAACUGUGAUGACUAGAUGUUGAGGUUUUAGAGGGUAUGGGAGAGUCAUUGUCUAUUUAAUUUCUGUCAACUAAUGUCUUUUCGGUACAUAUGUCUUUGGUUUAUUCUGGCUUGUAUAAUAUAGCAAAUUGCCUACUGACCUAAGUUUAAGUUUGAACAAAACCAAAUGAUUCUUUGAAUUCUACCAGGUAAGUUAAUUGAUUUUUGAAUGCAAUAUAUUACUCAGUUUUUAAGCCUAGGAAGCUUUAAGAUGAUUCUCAAAUGAGCUGGAAGACUGCAACUACCUUCAACACCUCCCUCAAAAGGAACACUAUAUGUAGCUACAGUACAAUCUUUAACCCAGAAUGAAAUACCAAGAUAAUUCUAAAAACCUACUUUGUUCUGAUUUCCCUAAAUUCUCCAGUCUGUGUCUGUUUUCUAUCCCAGGAUACAAUGCUGUGGCGUUGGUAUCACAAAUCCUUAGACUCCAUGGCUUAAAGAUAUUCUUCCCUUGAAACAAUCAUAACCAAGUUUGUAAAUGAACACACACAUACACACAUGCAUACCACACAAGACCUAGAUAUGGAAAGUCAAAUACUUCACCAUCUUUCUCAUAUGUAGAACCUAAAUAUGUCAAGUUUAUGGAAGUGAGAAAUAGAAGCUGGUACCAGGGCAGGAGUAUGAACUAAGGAGAUUAUGGUCUAAGAGUACAAAGGUUCAUGUUUAAGACAAGUAAGUUCUUAAGACCUAGGGUGCAGCACAAUGUAUCCACAAUGCAUUCUUUCCUGGAAGUUGGUUGAAGGAGAUUUUAAGAGAUUUCAUCACAAAAUCCUAGAAUUUGAGUAGAGUUUAUGAGAACAGAAUGUGAGGAGACAAUGUGUCUUGGAUAGUUGUCAACUUGACACAAGCUAAAGUCAUGUGAGAGGAGGGAAGCCUGCAGCAGGACCCCUCCAGGGCCUCUGCAUCAGCUCCCGCUUCCAGGUUCCAGCCCCACUUGAGGGGGGUCCUGACUUCCUUCCGUGAUGAAUUAUGAUGUCCAGGUGUAAGCCAAAUAAACCCUUUCCUCCCCAAGUUGUUUUUUUGGUCAUGGUGUUUCAUCACAGCAGUGUUAACCUUAACUAGAACAGAAGCUGGUACCAGGAAUAGUGGAGUAUUGCUAUGACAGACCUGACCAUGUUUUGGGGGAAGAUUGUGGAAGAACUUUAGAACUUUCAGUCAGAAGAGCCAUUGAAUGCUGAGGGCUAAGUGAGCAGUUUUGUUGGAACUUUGAAGAUAUGUUGAGACCAGAGGAGAUGAUAGAGACCUGGCUUGUGAAGUUUCAGAGGGAAGCAAAGACUCUAAUGAGCUAUUUAUGUGAAAAAUCUGUGGUGUCUCAUCAGCUGGAGCUGAAGAAUCAGCUAUGAUUAACAAGAGAACAGAACCACUAAAUAAAAACCUUUGCUUUACUGGCACAAUUGAUGUUGGUUGGUUGGAACUUAGAAAUUAGCAGUGAUUAAGAAGAGAUCACCAUCAUUUGGCCAAAAUCCUUCUGGGAAGUGUUUCCUGAGAGAAACAUAGAAGCUGUGUUCAGAGGUGGCCAAGGUUGUACCUUGUGCUGGCAGCUGAACAUAGUGUAAGAGUCACCCAGGUGGUACUGGUUGUGAAGGCACGAAGGGGUCAUGGAGAGCAGCUGAGGCUUGGCUUGUGAGAGGCCAGGAGAGGCCAUUGGUGAAGGUGCAGCCUCAGUGGCAGUUGAAGGCCCAAGACUGAAGGGAUCAUGCAAAGAAAUUGAGGCUUGGCACUAUGAAGAGAGCCUGUGAGAGGCUAUUGGUGAAAGCACAGACUAGUUGCAGCAGAGUCCCCAGCGUUUUGAAGAUGCCGGUACCAUGGGAUGAGCACCAAGAACAGCAGCAGCAGUGGAGUAGCUCCAUCCUGAACUUAGAAGACAAGUUGUGUGUGCCGCAGAGGGCAGAGAUGGAGAAGUGACCCAACCCCUUUGAAGGAGACCAUAAAAUCGUGAGUCAAUCCCAGAUAUUGCAUAUUUUGUUAUUCACACUGUUGGAGUUUGGUUUUUCUUCAAUCUGAUUCUGACCUUUCUUUAAGAGGUUCUUCCCUCUUAAAGAAAGAAAGUAUUUGACUUAAUUAUUGUUUUUUAGGAGCUAACAGUUGAGGGAUUUUGAACUUUUAAAAGAGAUUUUGGAUUUUUAAUGAGACUGGUGUGUGUGUGUGUGUGUGUGUGUGUGUGUGUGUGUGUUUCAAGACAGGGUUUCUCUGUGGAGUUUUGGUGCCUGUCCUAGAUCUCACUCUGUAGACCAGGCUGGCCUCAAAAUCACAGAGAUCUGCCUAGCUCUGCCGCCCAAGUGCUGGGAUUAAAGGCAUGCUGAAUAUUUUAAAGGAACUGGAUUUUUAAUGUGUUUGGAUAUGUAAAGACUGUGGGACUUUUAAAGCUAUUUAUGUUUUUUUAUGUGAGAUCUUGAGGAUGAAUGAGAAAGGAAAGUUUGUGACUUAAUGGUGAUAUGUUUGUGUGUCAAGUUGAAAAGAGGUCAGUUGUCCUGGAUAGUUUAUGUCAACUAGACACAAGCUAAAGUCAUCUCAGAGGAGGGGGACUCAAUUAAGAAAAUGCCUCCAUAAAUCAUGUUGUAGGCAAGCCUGUAGAACAUUUUCUUAAUUAGUGAUUGAUGGGAAAGGUCCAGCCCAUUAUGGGUGGUGCCAUCCCUGGGCUGUUGGUCCUGUGUUCUAUAAUAAAGCAGGCUGAGCAAGCCACGAUGAGCAAACCAGUAAGCAGCACCUCUCCAUGGCCUCUGCAUCAGCUCCUGCCUCCGAGUUCUCAUGUUUCCUGCUCUGACUUCCUUCAUGGUAGACUACAGUGUGGAAGUGUAAGCCAAAUGAACCCUUUCCUCUCUAAGUUGCCAUGGUCAUGGCGUUUCUUCACAGCAAUCGUGACCCUAACUAAGACACAGUGUGAGAAGGGAAUUGGGGAAAGAUGCAGAGAGAGGGGUGAGAAGUAAAGCUAAGGGGAGAUGAUGAGAAAGGGCUGUGAGGCGAGGGUAUGAGAAGAUGUGAAGACAGGCUGCAAGGAAAGAAGAAUCUGAGAAAAAAUAGAGAGAGGACAUGAGGAGAGGAUAAGAAAAGGGUGUGAGAAGAGGUCAUGAGGAGAUAUGAAGAGAAGAUGAGGAGAGGUAAAAAGAGGAAUACAUGAGGUGAUGGCUGUCUUAAGCAAAGCCAAUCAUUCUGUUGUUCUUUGCUUUGUACACUAAAGUGUACUAACUGGUGUCCACAUAUGGAUGUAACUUACUCAUCACUAUAGCUUAAUAGAGAUACAAGGGGAAAUUGCAGCCUAUAGUUCAGAGGAAAAGUUAUAGUUUUCUAGCAUUCACUCUGCUGCCUUCAUGGGGGUCUCUCUAAGGCAAAUCAUCAUGUUCUUAGGCAUUCUCUGUUGGCCUCCAGGUAACACUGAAGUGUAUUUACAUAUGCGUGACCAGAACUUUUCUUGGGGAGACACAACACACAGGUCUACUCACCCCAGAUAGGGAACCAAUGACAGACCAAAGUAUGGCUGCCACCAAAGUUGAACCUGAUAAACCAACCAUGUUUAUUGGGGUUACUUGUGGGAACACGGGUGAGGAGUUACAUAGAGGGACAGAAAUGACUCAAAGAGAGCUGCAUCACCAAAGCUCAUCCCAGCAUGGGUGACAGCUCAUAAAGCUGGUAAGCUGGAGCACCCUACGCAGCCUGCAGGCAGCUCAAAUCAGGAUGCCGUUUCCAGGUGCCACAGUUGAUCUAGACCUGUUCCAGGCAGCUGGGCUGGUCUCAGAGUCCUCUCUGCAUCUUGGCUUCUAUUGUUCACAGCUUUUAUUGUUUACUCUGGCAGGGAGGAGCCCAGUGAAUCUCUCCCAUUUCAGAGAUGGUGGAUUUGGGGAUGUUGCUGGUGAGCUUCAAAUGCAUCCUGAAUAAGACUUUUUAUUCACCCUUACAAACGAGGUUGUAGUUUAUUCACUUUUCAGGAAGAAGGACCCUGGUACCUCAGGGAUAUACAAUAAGGUUUCCAGGUUGCCAUUGCCAUUGCCACUGGGGACCAGCAUAGCACACAAUUCAGCUGAUUUUGGGUGAUUCCUAUCUUCUCUUUUAUGCGGUACUUUUUAUUAAUUUUAUGUAUUGUUUUACAAUUUCUCAUAUGUAUUACAUAUCAGAGCACCCCAUUAUCCUCCCAUUUCCUUACCACUACCCUCCACUAAAUCUCUUCUUCCAAAGUCUGCCUCCUACUUUAAUGUCCUGUGUGCAUGUGUGUGUACACGGGUGUGUGUGUGUGUGUGUGUGUGUGUGUGUCUCCAUGUCUGUCCGUACAUCCGUCUGUCGGUCCAUCUGUCCAUCCGUCCUGUUGUAUCAGUUCAGAAAAGUGCAAGUGUUAAAGGGGUUGGUUUUUAAUAAGUUUCUUCUUUCUCUGAAUAUCACACUUCUUUCUAAGUCAGGUGGACAGAGUGUCCCCUGUGAUGUGGCACCUUCUUUCUGACCAGCCAGGACACACGGGAACUUGGCAGGAAUACAAUGCUAAGCAAACAUAGAAUGGAGCCACUCCCAUCAGAAGCUUGAGUGGGUAUCCGAGCACAGAGUCCAUUUAUAGGGUAGGUGACCAAGUCCCAGAAAACUAAUCAAGAUUCACAUUUCAGAAGUUAAGACCACAAAGAACGCACCCAACUGUGCACACCCUACUUCCUCGGCUGAGCGAAGGAAAGUGGUCAGGUUGUAAAACUUUUUAUUUUCCAUUUUCUAAGAGAAAUCUAUCAUGAAAGGUGUAAAGUUGUCUAUGGGAGGCCAUUGUUGUGCUGUGUGGCAAACAGCUUUUCCUAGCAAAGCCUGGCAGCGCCCUGUUCCCAUGACUUCAGCUCAGGUGUGCUGGGUCACGCACUAUGAUAUGCACUAUGAUGUGUUCUCCCUGGGAUGUCCUGCUUAGCAAAGUCAGGGGUUCAAAACCAGCUGUGUCUAAGAGUAGGAAAAUAAAGACUUAGAAAGUGGAGCAUGACCAAUUUAGGAUCUUCUGUUUCUUCUGAAAUCACUUGAUUAUAGUCCUCACUCCUUAAGACAUACAGCAGGUGCAAGGAUUUAUCUUUGUAAGUGCUAAAUGCUUAAUGUCAGAUGUUUGCUCCAUAUAGAUGUCUUUGAAUAGACAAAUUUCCAAUUCUCUAGUCUCACAUUUCUGAUGAACAGAGGACCAGCUCUGAUAAGCACCCCAGGCUGUCUAUGCAUCUGAUGGCUGAGUGUCUUUACUAAGGAGUGGCAGCCUUGGACUUGGGAGGGCCCACCUGAGGAGAGGCCUGGGUAUUUAUAGUAGAUCCCACGGUGUACUGCUGAAUACCUGAUUAUCUCUUCCCCACUUCAGCUCCAGAAUGAGAGCACUUAGAGCCAUGGCAGUCACGCUGGUGGUAAUGGGAACUGGAAUUUUCUUCCCUUUUAUCUUGAGACGCAGAGAAGCCUUGUGGGGGAAGACGAUGAAGUCCCGUGUUACCCAUGUGGUGGAAGCGAGCCAGCUCAUGGUGGACAAUGCAGUCUACAGCACCAUGAAGAGGAACCUCAAGAAAAGGGAAGUCCUUUCCCCAACCCAGCUUCUCUCUUUCUCCAAGCUGCCAGAGUCCACCAGUGGGGCUGUUUCCCGAGCAGCAGAGAUCAUGGAAACAUCAAUACAAGCCUUGAAACGUGAACAAUCACAGUUCUUCACAGAUGCCCUAGCAGCAGACCUUCUGGGCACAAUUGCCAACCUGUCAGGAUGCUUGCCGUUCAUGCUGCCUCCAAGAUGUCCUGAUACAUGCCUGGCAAAUAAGUACCGACCCAUCACAGGGGCUUGCAACAACAGAGAUCACCCCAGAUGGGGAGCCUCCAACACAGCCCUAGCAAGAUGGCUGCUUCCUGUCUAUGAAGAUGGCUUCAGUCAGCCCAGAGGCUGGAACCCUGACUUCUUAUACCAUGGCUUCCUACUGCCCCCAGUUCGGGAGGUGACAAGGCACCUCAUUCAAGUUUCAAAUGAGGCUGUGACAGAAGAUGACCAGUACUCUGAUUUCCUGACGGUGUGGGGACAGUACAUCGAUCAUGACAUUGCUCUCACACCACAGAGCACCAGCACAACAGCCUUCUGGGGAGGUGUUGACUGCCAGCUGACCUGUGAGAACCAAAAUCCCUGCUUCCCUAUACAGCUUCCCUCAAACUCCUCGGGGACCACUGCGUGCCUGCCUUUCUACCGCUCCUCAGCCGCCUGUGGCACUGGGGACCAGGGAGCUCUCUUUGGCAACUUGUCUGCGGCCAAUCCGCGGCAGCAGAUGAAUGCCCUGACCUCCUUCCUUGACGCAUCCACUGUGUAUGGCAGCUCGCCUGCCGUUGAGAAGCAGCUGCGUAACUGGAGCAGCUCCGCAGGGCUGCUGCGGGUCAACACACGCCACCAAGACACAGGCCGCAGCUAUCUGCCCUUCGCCUCUGCUGCCUGCGCUCCGGAGCCUGGUGCCCCACGUGCCACCCGCAGGCCCUGCUUCCUGGCUGGCGAUGGCCGUGCAAGCGAGGUCCCCGCCCUAGCAGCAGUACACACCCUGUGGCUGCGUGAGCACAACCGCCUAGCUGCUUCAUUCAAGGCCAUCAACACACACUGGAGUGCUGAAACUGCUUACCAGGAGGCUCGCAAGGUGGUGGGCGCAAUGCACCAGAUCAUCACCAUGAGGGAUUAUAUCCCCAAGAUCCUUGGUCCUGAUGCCUUCAGGGAGUAUGUGGGCCCCUAUGAAGGCUAUGACCCUACUGUGAACCCUACUGUUUCCAACAUCUUCUCUACUGCUGCCUUCCGCUUUGGCCACGCCACAGUCCAUCCACUGGUGAGACGGCUGGAUGCUGACUUCCAGGACCACGUAGACCUCCCCGGGCUGCAACUCCAUGAUGUCUUCUUCAGGCCCUGGAGGCUUAUCCAGGAAGGUGGUUUGGAUCCAAUAGUGAGAGGCCUCCUAGCAAGAUCAGCCAAGCUGCAGGUACAGGAGCAGCUGAUGAAUGAGGAGCUGACUGAGAGGCUCUUUGUGUUGCCUAAUGUUGGUACCUUGGAUCUGGCAUCGAUGGACUUGCAGAGGGGCCGUGACCAUGGCUUACCAGGCUACAAUGAAUGGAGAGAGUUCUGUGGCUUGUCACGCCUGGAAACACCAGCCGAACUGAGCAGGGCCAUUACUAAUAGAAGCAUGGUCAACAAGAUAAUGGACUUGUACAAGCACGCAGACAACAUCGACGUCUGGGUGGGAGGCCUGGCUGAAAACUUCCUGCUGGGGGCCCGCACUGGCCCUCUGUUCGCAUGCAUCAUUGGGAAGCAGAUGAAAGCCCUGAGGGAUGGAGACAGGUUUUGGUGGGAGAACAGCCAUGUCUUCACAGACGCUCAGAGGCAGGAACUGGAAAAGCAUUCACUACCUCGGGUCAUCUGUGACAACACUGGCCUCACCAGGGUACCUGUGGAUGCCUUCCGUACUGGAAAAUUCCCCCAGGACUUUGAGUCCUGUGAAGACAUCCCUAGCAUGGACCUUGAAGUGUGGAGGGAGACCUUUCCACAAGAUGACAAGUGUGUCUUCCCAGACAAGGUGGACAAUGGGAACUUUGUGCACUGUGAAGAGUCUGGGAAGCUGGUACUGGUAUAUUCCUGUCUCCAUGGAUACAAGCUGCAAGGCCAGGAGCAGGUCACAUGCACCCAGAAUGGAUGGGACUCUGAGCCUCCUGUCUGUAAAGAUAUUAAUGAGUGUGCAGAUUUGACACACCCACCUUGCCACCCCUCUGCAAAGUGCAAGAACACCAAGGGAAGCUUCCAGUGUGUGUGCACAGACCCGUAUGUGCUAGGUGAGGAUGAGAAGACCUGCAUAGAUUCUGGCAGGCUGCCUCGGGCAUCCUGGGUCUCCAUUGCGCUGGGUGCACUCCUCAUUGGUGGGUUGGCCAGCCUCACCUGGACUGUAAUUUGCAGGUGGACACAUUCUGAAAGGAAAUCCACAUUGCUGAUCACGGAGGGAAAUGUAAGAGUGACCACCCAGUCAGGAUUAAAAAGCAGUCAGGAGAGGGGGAUUUCUCCACACAAGGCUGCAACUCAAGACACCGGACAGGUUGAGAACUUCUGCUCUACUGGAAUCCUCCCUUUUCAGCUGCUUUCUCACCUACCUGUUCUAACCACUCAUCUCUCCUCUGCUGGCAGGAACCUGCCUAUGGAUCCCAGGUCCUUCUGUGUGAGUAGAAGUCCUCACUGCUUUGGAGCCAGGCAUUGACAAACGCAGGUCUCAAGCUGCUUGGAAAGAACAUGACACAUGUUGGAGUCGGAGGCUUGAGGAAGCAGGAUGGUUAAUCUCAUGGACAGGCUUCAUUAACUUCUAUCUCACAUUUUUCCAUGGAAGCAGUCCAGGCCAGACCUCGCUAAGGCCUCUCCUACACAUGGAGGCUAACGGAUGAGUGGGUGGAAGGCUAAGAGAAUCACACAUGGCUGAAAGGCUGGAUUGAGAGAAGCUGGCAUAGACUCCAGAUCCUUCAAGACAAUUUUAUGUUCAUUCAGAUUCACCAAGACUGUUCUCCAAAUACAUUCAGUCCUCUCAUUAUGUCCUAGUCACCACAAAGCACAGAUGAAUAAAUGCCACAGCCUUA